AUGGCAUCCGACGACUUUGCUGAUCAAUUUGCUACCAGCAUGAAAAGCGUCAUUAUGGAUGUCGGCAGGGAAAUCGCUCUGAAGACGGCGCAGUACAAGCUUGGAUACGACAUUUCAACAAGCUUCACGCUUUAUGAGAAUGCCUCUGUCACACCGGAAGCACGAUCGAAGCUCGAGGACGAGCUUAUUGCAAGGAAUGGAGAUGUCGAGUCCUCCCUUCGCUACCACCUGUCGAGUCCUCGCUUCGCUACCGCCGCAUCAUGUGCUCGCCAUCGAUCACUUAAGCAACGUCGCACAAGACCGAUAUAA